AGAGAGAGAGAAACGCCGAAGAAGGGUUUUGGUUUGAAAGAAAAAACGAUUAUAGAGAGUGGCUCGAGUCGAGACUCGAUAGUGUGGGGGUGUGUUAGUUUUUGUUAUUGCAAACCACACAACAAGAGCACAGAUUAAAACUCCAUUUUAAAUAGCCGUUAAGUGGGUUUUCUUCUCCCGCCAUGGCUCAGCUCGAGACCCAGUCCCAGAGCCAGAGCCAGUCCCAACAGCAACCCCCAUUAGACCACAUCCACCAGACCAAGUCUUUGAUUUCCGCUCUCAACUUCGUCUCCCGGAACCUCCCUCUCCCUGCUGACCUCCUAGACACCGUUUCCUCCAUCUAUCAUGACGCCGAACGAGAUAGCCACCUCGCAAGAUCUGACCAGAGUGACUCGGAAAAUCAUGCUGAUAUUUCCGAAGAAUUGUUACCUGAACUUCAAGAGGCACUGCUGAAACAGCGUUCUAAUGGCAUGUCAAGUUUUGAAUUAACAGAAUCAAGGGAAAAACGUUAUCAAAGCCACAUUCAACAUCGAUUAACUGAACUUGAAGAAUUACCUUCAAGUAGAGGAGAGGACUUGCAGACGAAGUGCUUGCUUGAGCUUUAUGGAUUAAAGCUAGCAGACUUGCAAAAGAAGGUUCGCUCUGAUGUCAGUUCAGAGUAUUGGCUACGCACAAACUGUGCACAUCCUGACAAACAGCUAUUUGACUGGGGCAUGAUGCGUUUGCGUCGCCCAAUAUAUGGUGUUGGUGAUGCUUUUGCCAUGGAGGCUGAUGAUCAAUUCAGAAAGAAACGGGAAGCUGAGAGGCUCUCAAGGUUACAAGAAGAGGAGAAAAAUCAGAUUGAAACUCGGAAAAGAAAAUUUUUCGCUGAAGUCCUUAAUGCAGUUCGUGAAUUCCAAUUGCAAAUUCAAGCUUCUUUGAAACGCCGAAAACAAAGGAAUGAUGGAGUCCUGGCAUGGCAUGGAAGGCAAAGGCAACGUGCAACACGGGCUGAGAAAUUGAGGUUUCAAGCAUUAAAAGCCGAUGAUCAAGAAGCUUACAUGAGAAUGGUGAAGGAGAGCAAGAAUGAGCGAUUGACAAUUCUUCUUGAAGAAACAAAUAAACUCCUUGUUAAUUUGGGAGCUGCUGUUCAACGUCAGAAAGAUAAUAAAAGUUCAGAUGGAAUUGAAUCCUUGAAUGGCUCUGAAUCUGAUUCGCCUGAGUUGGAUGAAGAAUUUAUUGAUUCUGAUCGAAAUGAUGAGGCCAACGACUUACUUGAAGGUCAGCGGCAGUAUAACUCAGCCAUUCACUCCAUUCAGGAGAAGGUAACAGAGCAACCAUCCAUGCUGCAAGGUGGAGAAUUAAGACCAUAUCAAGUAGAAGGACUACAGUGGAUGCUCUCAUUGUUCAAUAACAACCUAAAUGGAAUUUUGGCUGAUGAGAUGGGACUAGGAAAAACAAUUCAAACCAUUUCUCUGAUUGCUUACCUCAUUGAGCACAAGGGCGUGCAUGGACCCCACUUGAUAGUGGCCCCAAAGGCAGUUCUACCAAACUGGGUUAAUGAAUUUGCAACAUGGGCUCCUAGUAUUGCAGCUAUUCUCUAUGAUGGGCGUUUGGAUGAAAGAAAGGCAAUGAAAGAAGAGUUAGCUGGGGAAGGAAAAUUUAAUGUGCUGAUCACACAUUAUGACCUAAUUAUGAGAGAUAAAACGUUUUUAAAGAAAAUUCCUUGGUGCUACCUGAUUGUAGACGAAGGCCAUAGAUUGAAAAAUCAUGAAUGUGCUCUUGCACAAACACUGGCAGGUUAUGAUAUGCGACGGAGACUCCUAUUGACUGGUACUCCAAUACAGAAUAGUUUGCAGGAGCUAUGGUCCCUGCUUAAUUUUCUUCUUCCACACAUUUUUAAUUCAGUUCAGAACUUUGAGGAUUGGUUUAAUGCACCAUUUGCUGAUCGGGGAGAUAUUUCUCUAACAGAUGAGGAACAGUUGUUGAUUAUUCGCCGUCUUCAUCAUGUUAUAAGACCAUUUAUAUUGAGGAGGAAAAAAGAUGAAGUGGAGAAAUACCUUCCUCAAAAAUCUCAGGUCAUACUGAAAUGUGAUAUGUCAGCGUGGCAGAAAGUAUAUUAUCAACAAGUUACUGAUGUGGGUAGAGUUGGACUAGAUAAUGGCAGUGGGAAGUCGAAGAGUCUACAGAACCUUACAAUGCAGCUGAGGAAAUGUUGUAACCACCCAUAUCUUUUUGUGGGAGAGUAUAAUAUGUGGCGCAGGGAAGAGAUCAUCCGAGCAUCUGGAAAAUUUGAACUGCUGGAUCGUUUACUCCCAAAACUCCAAAGAGCUGGGCACAGGGUCCUGCUUUUUUCACAAAUGACUCGUCUUAUGGACAUUCUUGAAAUCUAUCUGCGCCUUCAUGAAAUUAAGUUUCUUAGACUUGAUGGUUCAACAAAAACUGAGGAAAGAGGGACUCUGCUAAAGCAAUUUAAUGCUCCAGACUCCCCUUUCUUCAUGUUUCUCCUGAGUACUCGUGCUGGAGGUCUUGGUUUGAACUUACAAACAGCAGAUACAGUAAUUAUUUUUGACAGCGAUUGGAAUCCACAAAUGGACCAACAGGCAGAGGAUCGAGCGCAUCGUAUAGGACAAAAAAAGGAAGUCAGGGUUUUUGUAUUGGUUAGUGUUGGAUCUAUUGAAGAGGUUAUCUUGGAACGUGCUAAACAGAAGAUGGGUAUAGAUGCCAAAGUUAUUCAAGCUGGAUUAUUCAAUACAACUUCAACAGCUCAAGACAGAAGAGAGAUGUUGGAAGAGAUCAUGCGCAGAGGUACAAGUUCACUUGGGACAGACGUGCCAAGUGAGAGAGAAAUCAACCGCCUUGCUGCUCGGUCAGAUGAUGAGUUCUGGAUGUUUGAGAAGAUGGACGAGGAGAGAAGGCAAAAGGAGAAUUACCGAUCUCGACUUAUGGAAGAUCAUGAGGUUCCUGAAUGGGCAUAUUCUAAACCUGACAAAGAACAUGAGACCAAAGGGUUUCAUAGCGGAAGUAUAACAGGAAAGCGACGAAGAAAAGAAGUUGUUUAUGCUGAUUCCCUGAGCGAUGUACAAUGGAUGAAAGCAGUGGAAAAUGGAGAAGACAUAUCAAGGCUUCCUGGCAAAGGAAAAAGAAAAAACCACCUUAUAUCAGAGACCAGUGAAGCUAGUAAUAACAGUAAUGGUGUGGAAGAGGAUAAGGUUAUAGAACUAACUGAAACUACACCGCUCGCCAGUGAAGGAACAAGUGAAGAUACCUAUGCUCAGACACCAGCACUGAAGAGACUCAAGUCAGAAGAAGGAACAAGUGCAGAGAGACAUGAUUAUCAAGGUGUUGGUGUAAGUAGUUGGAACGGACAGAUAUUGACAUGGAAAACCCACAAAAAGAAGAGAUCAAGCUACUCUACUCAGGGCUCAUUCUCUGAUUCCAAAGGUCAGAACAGCAAUGGAAGAGGAAAUGGAUGGAGUUGAUCAUAGUUGAUUGAUGAAAGAAAGGAUAAAAUUGUUGUCUAAGUACAUAUUCAGCAGCCCUCUAGAUUGAUUUUGUACAUGGGGUCUAAGCUAACUUAAUAGGGCAGAUCAGACAUUUGGGCAUAUGAAGAUGGCUAAUGCCCACUUACAAUCAAUUAUUUUAUUAUUCUACUUUGUCUUUGCGCUAAUCAGCAACACUGUAAAAUGAUCAAUCACGAAAUGCAUCUCUUAUUUUUGUAA